CCCCGACCUCACUUCCGGAAGCUGGACCGUGGGGAGAGCAGGCAUUUCCGGGAGAGGCGCCGGACCAGAAGGAGGACCAUGAGUUGGAUUCCGUUCAAGAUUGGGCAGCCUAAGAAACAGAUUGUACCCAAGACAGUCGAGAGAGAUUUUGAACGGGAGUAUGGGAAGCUGCAGCAGCUGGAAGAUCAAACUAAGAAACUCCAAAAGGAUAUGAAGAAAAGCACAGAUGCAGACCUAGCAAUGUCAAAGUCUGCUGUGAAAAUCUCAUCUGACUUAAUGUCGAACCCACUCUGUGAGCAAGACCCCAAAUUUCUUGAAAUGGUGAUGGCCCUGGACACAGCUAUGAAGAGAAUGGAUUCCUUUAACCAAGAAAAGGUGAACCAAAUACAAAAGACAGUCAUAGAGCCCUUGAAAAAAUUCAGCGGUGUUUUCCCCAGCCUGAAUAUGGCAGUCAAGAGGCGGGAACAAACUCUGCAAGAUUACAAGAGGCUGCAAUCUAAGGUGGAGAAGUAUGAAGAGAAGGAGAAGACGGGACCCAUCCUGACCAAGUUGCACCAGGCACGGGAAGAACUGAGGCCAGUGAAAGACGAAUUUGAGGCUAAGAACAAGCAGCUUCUGGAAGAGAUGCCGAAAUUCUACAGCAGCCGCAUCAGUUACUUCAAGCCAAGUUUUGAAUCUCUGAUCCGGGCUCAGGUUGUGUACUACACUGAAAUGUACAAAAUCUUUGGGGACUUGACAGAACAGAUUGAUGAGCCCGGCCUGACGGAUGAGCAGAGGCAGAAGGAGAACGAAGCCAAGCUGAAUGAACUGAGGGCCCUUUCCAUUGUGGCUGAUGACUGACCUCCAGGCUCACUGCUGUUGCUGCCACGCGGGAAAAUUGAGCUUGCUUCUUGCUCCUCCUUCUCCAAAAACUUUGUCUUCUCUGGAUUUUAACCCAUUGUAUAUAUGCUCGUCCAGAUUGACAUGGCAUAUGCACAUGUACAGGUAGCUGCAGCUCCUGUGGGUUCCCUUCCUGACACUGCUUGAUCCUGGGCAAUAACCAAGAAUUGCCUUAAGACACUACUGUCAAGCUUUUCACUGAUGUUGGCUCUUUCACAGCAUAUUCAAAAAUGUGUGUUUGCCUGGGUGCUUGUUGUCAUAGUUAUGUGAGACUCUGAAUCGCCAUAGUUUACCAGAUUUAAUAUAGGAUUGCACCUCUGUGCCCUUAAGACAUCUUAUCACACCUGAUCCUUUUCCGAGCAGUGGCACUGUUAAGUUUGUAUGCCUUUGUGCAGUAGAAUACUGUCAAAACAAAUUUUUAUACUGAGUUGCAGUAUUAUCAUCCCUCCUCUCAACUGUAUGUGGUUUAAUUUUUCUGAGCCCUGAGGAAGACAGCCAGCAUUUAUAAUGGUGGUCUCAGUGCAGCCCAUAUAUAAUUAUAUGGUCAGCCCUGUGGAGCUAUAGAACCUCUAUGUGCAGUUGUACAAGUGACCACUUGAAUAUCAGUUACAGGUCUGUAACCUGUUUUCCUGUGCCUCUGUUAACUACAUGCAAUUGGUAAGAUUGCCUGCAUAUUGAGUAUUGGAGAUGGGAUUAAGCUAAUAAGAGAGCACCUUUUUCUUAGGGGAAGCUGCUAUGGAAGAGAUGUUCCCUUCCUUGAUUUUCUCCCCACUUUACAACAAGGAAAGCAUCUGUGCUGCUCAAUAUUUCCCACUCUUUUACAAUUAAAUAAAAUGUAUGGUGGUAGGUUACUCUUAA